AUGAGCUCUUCCUCGGCGUGGAAAUUCGCGCACCAGAUCUUCAACAAGCAGAACCUCAAGUAUGUGUUCACGACGCAUUUCUGGGGCCCGGCUUCGAACUUUGGGCUUCCUAUCGCGGCCAUCAUGGACAUCAGAAACAAGUCACCCGAGAUGAUCAGCGGACCAAUGACCGGCUCGCUGAUUGUUUACUCCUUGGUGUUUAUGCGCUACUCGCUCGCCGUGAGACCGGUCAAUUACCUGCUUUUUGCGUGCCACUUGCUGAACGAAGGAGCCCAGCUUGGCCAGGCAUACAGGUAUAUCAAGUACAACUACGGCGACAAGAUUAAGAAAUAG